AUGAACAGGGGAAGGCUGUACGAAUUGAGAACAAAGACCAGAUGGAGUCAGGGUCCUCGGCUUCAUAGUGAACGGCUUAAAUGGUUCCUCUACAGUCGAUACGCCUAUGUAACGAGCGUGGAUGAAGGUGCUUCUAGAGUGAGCCUCAUCUCUUGCUGGUCAGGCGUAACACGAGGGCGAAAUUUUUGCAAACUUGUGCGUUCGUGCAGUACUAGGCCCGGCAAGGCUGAUAGCCUGGCGAAACUGGUAAUCCGCUUGAAGAUCCUACAAGGAUUAACGAGAGUUGUCUCACCGUAA